AUGUCUUCUAAAGUGUAUUAUUCAAGAAAAUGCAAUGGAGGAUGUGCGCAGUUCAGAAUACAAUGGCAAGUACUCGUUGUCCUUAUGUGCCUUGGUAAUGUCGCUGUCGGACAAAUUCGUUAUUCGAUUCCAGAGGAAAUGAAGAAAGGUUCACUGAUAGGUAAUGUAGCACAGGAUUUUGGACUUGAUGUGAAAAGGCUUCGGACGGGUCGAGCUCGUAUUGUGACCGGGGAAAGUAUCCAGUACACAGAGCUUAAUGCAGACAAAGGGAUUCUGGUUGUGAGCGAGAGAAUAGACCGAGAGCAGCUAUGCGGUGAUAUUACUCCCUGCAGCUUCAGUUUCGAGAUCAUUCUAGAAAAUCCUAUAGAAUUGCAUCAAAUUACCGUCGAAAUCCAAGACCAGAAUGACAAUGCACCUCAGAUCCUCUACCCGUUACAGAACGCAGGCUCUAUUAUGGCGGAAAUUGUGCCUCGUUCAGCAGAUGUGGGUUAUCUCGUCACCAAAGUGGUGGCCGUUGAUGUCGACUCAGGACAGAAUGCUUGGCUUACAUAUAAAUUUCAGAAGGCGACCGACAGGGCGUUGUUCGACGUUGGCACACAGAAUGGAGAAAUAAGAACUAUACGACAGACCACUGAUAAAGAUGCUGUGAAGCAAAAACUGACUAUUGUAGUGGAGGACAACGGGCAGCCCUCUCGCUCAGCUACAGUCAAUCUUAACGUAGCAGUGGCAGACAGUUUUCCAGAGAUUCUUUCGGAGUUUACUGACUUGACACCUGACAAGGAAUACAAUGACAAUUUGACAUUUUAUCUGGUCCUGGCUUUAGCUGUAGUUUCGUUCCUCUUUGUAACAUCAUUGGUUGCCAUCAUAUCCGUGAAGAUUUACCGAUGGAAGCAGUCUAACACGUACUAUCAGCCAAGUCUCCCGGUUAUUCCAUAUUAUCCACCUAAUUACGCGGACAGUGGAGGUGCAGGAACUCUUCACCGUGUAUAUAAUUACGAAUUGUACAACACGACAGACUCCAGAAAAAGUGAUUACAAAUUCUCCGGACCAUGUGGUCAAAAUGUUCUCGUUGUGGACCCAAGUGCCGCCAGAACCAUGAGGCGUGUGGACAGCGAAAAGAACAUUCUGGAUGAGCCCGACUCGCCCAUGGAGACGCUGGGGGUGCGGGAACUCUUCAACGCGUGUACAAUUAUGAGGUUUACAAAACAACUGAUUCUAGAAAAAGUGACUGUCAGUUCGCCAGACCUGGUACUCAAAGCGUGCUUGUGA